AUGAACAAUACUAUCCCGGGAAAACCAGUCGAAGACUUGCCUGGUCCGAUACUGCUGGAUGGCUUACUUCAGUCGUUUCUUCUGGGAACCAUUGUCAAUCAAGCAUUCAAAUAUCUAUUAGACUACCGCGACGAUUCUUGGAGAAAACGUACUUUUGUACUUCUCCAGACGAUGCUGGAAGACUACAAGGCAUGGCGAACGCUUAUUUUAAAUCAACGUUGGUCGACUAGUCGAAUAGAAUGGUCAGAUUUGUUUCUGAAUGGUUGCAUUUGUUGGUUAUGUGAAGGCUUUUACAUCAAACGCUGCUGGAAGAUGAUGGGAAUGAAAAUCUGGGUGAUUGGACCGUUAUCGGUCCUUUCAAUGUUUAUAAUGGCUGCUAAUUUGUACCUGGCCAUUGCAAUGGGUAUUGCAUUUCGCUCUCUGGAAUUGGAAGGAACAGAUGAUACAUUGACAGCUAGUCGUUUUUUGUUGCCCUCUACGAUAGUUGCAUUUUCGGUUUGGAUUUUUGGAUCUUUAGUCCUAGAAAUCGCGGUGUCAUUACUAUGUAAGCUUUCCGAUAGCAAGGAAUAUACAGACAAUUCUAAAGAAAAAGGCAGUAAUGAUAUCACUUUGGCAAUCCAAAACUGGGCUACGCGAAGUGGAUAA